AUGGCUGACCAUGAUUUGGGUGAAAAACCUACAAAUUGCCCAAACUGUGCAUCUUCUCAGGCCGGCCUGCUGUGCCUACGCUCACCAAGCCAGGCUCCAGUUUUGGUGGUGGAAAUGUCACAGACAUCGAGUAUUGCUAGUUCAGAAAUGUUUGCUUCACAAGAGAGAGAAAAAAAAAAAAGAAUUUCCAGCAGAGAAUCUUCUUUGAAGGAUUUGUCCAUAAGAACUUCAAAUGUGGAGAGAAAAAGUUCUUGGGGACAGUGGAGUAGGAGACAUAUCAUAGAAGGAAAAUUCCCACACAUAAGAAUGGAGAAUGGAGCCGAUAUCGAGGAAUUCUAUAGCUUUGGAAGAAUAUUGGGACAGGAGAGCUUUGGAAUGGUCAGUGAACCUAUAGACAAAGAAACAGGAGCUAAGUGGGCAAUUAAAAAAGUGAAUAAAGAAAAGGUUGGAAGCUCUGCGGUGAAGUUACUUGGACGGGAGGUGAACAUCCUGAAGAGUGUCAAACACAAACACAUCAUCCACCUCGAACAAGUGUUUGAGACGCCUCAGAAAAUGUACCUUGUGAUGGAGCUUUGUGAGGAUGGAGAACUCAAAGAAGUUCUGGGUAAAAAAGGGCACUUCCCAGAGAAUGAGACAAGGCAGAUAAUUCAAAGUCUUGCAUCAGCCAUCGCAUAUCUUCAUAACAAGGGUAUAGUGCACAGAGAUGUAAAGCUGGAAAACAUAAUGGUUAAAAGCAGCUUUAUGGAUGAUAACAAUGAAAUGAACUUAAGCAUAAGGAUGAGUGACUUUGGCUUAGCGGUGAGGAAGCACGGCUCCAGGAGCGAAGGCAUGAUGCAGACCACAUGUGGCACUCCCAUCUAUACUGCACCAGAGGUUAUCAAUGCUCAUGACUAUAGCCAGCAGUGCGACAUUUGGAGCAUAGGUGUCAUAAUGUACAUCUUACUGUGUGGAGAACCACCCUUUUUGGCAAAUUCAGAAGAAAAGUUCUUUGAAUUAAUAAGGAAGGGAGAGCUGAGAUUUGAAGAUCCAAUCUGGGAUUCCAUAAGUGAUUCUGCAAAUGUUUUGAAACAACUCCUGGAAGUAGAUCCUGCUCACAGAAUCACAGCUAAAGAACUUCUAGAUAGCCAGUGCUUGACAGGCAAUGCACUUUCUUCAUCUAGAACAACAAAUGUAUUAGAAAUGAUGAAAGAAUGGAAAAAUAACCCAGAAAGUGAUGAGGACUCCAAGAUGGAUGAGAAGACUGAACAGUCUGCCAUAUACAAAGACAGCAAAACAGGAAGGCCAAGAAUUCCUGAAGAUUCAUAUGGACCAAAUGUUACUCUCAUACCAAAACUGGAUAAGGAUGCAACAAAAACAAUGGCAAUGAUGAAAACCAUAGAACAGUGGGCUUGA